AUGAGGAGGACCCUUCCUUGGCUAUGUGCAUCAUGGAGGCUCACUGGCAGGCUACUGAAAGAGUUUGGCUUCCCUGUCUCCAGGCCUGUUUGUCCUCCAGGUCCUCAGCAUACGAGCCCUCCUGUCUCCAAGCCUGUCAGCCUUCGUGAGCUUAAUGGCUCACCCACCAGUCUUCCUGUUUCUCGGCCUACUAGCUUCAUAGCUACAGGUUCUCUGCUCCUGACUCAGCCUGCCUCCUUGCCUGCUUCCCCAGAACUUUUUUCUGUAUGCUCAACUACCACCGGUCUAGCGGGCACCCCCAACAGCAAGCAGUCCUUUGAGGGGACCCGCCUGGCUGUAUUCUCUGGGAAUUGUGGAGGCUGUAGACGGAGUAAGGGAAAACAUGGCUCCCAGCGCCAUUCUCUGCAUCAACCUCUCGUCAGACCUGAGCUGCCCAGCAGACCUGAGCCUGAGCUGACCCGUGUGCAUGAGCUGACCUGUGUGCCUGAGCUGACGAGUGUGCCUGAGCCGACGAGUGUGCCUGAUCCUGGGCUGACAAGUGUACCUGAGCCUGGGCUGACGAGUGUACCUGAGCCUUGGCUGACGAGUGUACCUGAGCCUGGGCUGACGAGUGUACCUGAGCCUGGGCUGACGAGUGUACCUGAGCCUUGGCUGAGGAGUGUACCUGAGCCUGGGCUGACGAGUGUACCUGAGCCUUGGCUGACGAGUGUACCUGAGCCUGGGCUGACGAGUGUACCUGAGCCUGGGCUGACGAGUGUACCUGAGCCUGGGCUGACGAGCCUUGGCUGA